UUUUACGACAGCAAGACUCUGGCUCUUUGCUCUCUCGGUGGGCUUUUGGUGGCUAGUUUCCGCCUGGGGAGGCGAUGACGGAGGCGGGUAGAUGGUGCCUUUGAUGCUGAGGUGCAGGCGGAUCAGGAUGAGCACCUGGGAGUCCGGCAAAGCAUUGCGGGUGCCCACGGUUCCCCUUUCUAAUGGCUUAAACAUUCCCAUAUUGGGGCUGGGAACAUCCCAUGAAGGUGGCUAUUCCCACGAUGCAGUGAUACAUGCACUUCAGAAAUGUGGCAUUCGUCAUAUUGACACGGCAAAACGAUACGGCUGUGAAUCACUCCUGCGGAAGGCUAUCAAAGAGAGUGGAAUAGAACGGCAGGAUCUCUGGAUAACAACCAAACUCUGGCAUGCUGAUUAUGGCUAUGACAAAACAAAACAAGCCUGCUUAGAGUCUUGCAACAAACUUGGGGUGGAAUAUCUAGAUCUUUAUUUAGUACAUUGGCCAGAUGCACAUGUCCCUGGAAAAAGCAGUCGAGAAGUCAGAGCAGAAACUUGGCGGGCCAUGGAAGAGUUGUAUGAGAAAGGCAUAUGCAAGUCGAUCGGCGUAAGCAACUUUCUUAUUGAGCACUUGGAGCAGCUCAGGAAGGACUGUCAGAUAACCCCACAUGUAAAUCAGGUAGAAUAUCAUCCUUUCCAAAGGCCUCAAGAGCUAGUGGAGUAUUGCCAAAGCAGGAAUAUUGUUUUUGAAGGCUACUGUCCACUAGCUAAAGGUGAAGCCCUUAUUCAUCCUAACAUUGUUCAGCUUGCAAAGAAAUAUGGCAGAACUCCUGCACAAAUCUGUAUUCGUUGGAGCAUCCAGAAUGGCAUAGUCACCAUUCCAAAAUCUACAAAACCAGAGAGAGUCCAAGAAAACUGUCAGGUCUUUGAUUUUUCAUUAAGCUUUGAUGAUGUUGCAGUUCUAAAUGGAAUGCAUGAUGGGAGACAUGUUUCCUGGGAUCCAACCUCAGUUGUUUAAAUGCAAGAUUUGGUAAGACACUCUGCAGAUGCUUCACCAAUCUUUGGAAAUCAGAGGUAUCAUCUAUCAAAAAACUCCAGCUAUCCAUCAUCCAGUUCUUAUGAUUUUUACAAUUCCAGAAUUACAAUUAAAAGAAAAAGAAGAGGGACGUGCACCAGUAUGCAACACGAAACACCUGCAGGCAUGCUCACAGUGUUCAGGAAAAAUGAACAGGUGCAACAAGAGAGAGGCGGGGUUGAAACAGGCAUACCAAUAAAGAGAAGCCAGAGAACAUCCUCUCCUGAUCUUCUGACUUACGUGGAUAGAUUUUUUUUUUUUUUUUUUAGUUCAGUGGUAGUGCAGUUAAAAAGGGUUUUUGGUCUUUUGUUUUUGAAGACUUCACAGCAAUUCUGCAAGAUACAAUAAAUAAAAAAAGCAACAACAUAACCUCAGUUAUCCCUGAUCUGCAACAUUGUUGGGAGUCCGCGAAUAAUGCCAAUUGAAUUUUUACCCUCAGGUAGCUCAAUGUCCUUGGUUUUUUGUCAAGGAAUUGAGAGAGGUGCUGUUAGUAUCAUAUCUAUCUUAGCAAGGCUUUUUUCUUUAUUAGCUACAGCUAUUUCACCUGAAUAUAUAGACUGUCAUUAGAUACCACUCCAAGUAAAUCUACGCUUGUUUAGGCUGUCAUAAAAUUUCAGCCAGCUCUUCAUAACCUUCAGCAAGUCCUCCGGGUAUAUUGGAACUAGGACUCAGUUCUCAGGUGCAUGACUUCCCAACACAUUUGGAAAGCCACAGAUUGUCUUCCAUGCCUACAACUGUUGUCCUUGAAAAGCCUCUUAUUUCAUGAGUAGGUAUACAUGAAGUCUAAUACAUACAUACAUACUUGGGGGCAUCUGUGGGGCAAAACCUUCUCUCAACAGUACGAUGGGCUCUAUUUUGAGUUUUAGCUUUGUUGCAGUUUCGCUAAAAGCUAGUUUAGCUUUUACCCAACGUUGAUUUGGAGUCAAAUACUGUACUGUUCUUGGAGCUUGUAUUUAAAAGCAUAUAUUAAUAUCUUUAUAGUGCAAUCAACUUUUAGAGAGCACUAUUCGAUUAUCAACUUGGUAUUUGGUAAGUACUCAUACUGGUCUGAUAUUUUAGGAGUUCCUGUGUCCAGAAGAGUAUGGAAAGUCUGACUGUGAUUUAUAUUGUUUUAGGACUUCCUGGAGCAGUUUUCCCACUGCUGUGCUGUUUUAGUCGUAUCACAAAAAAACAUGUUCCUUGCUUUUUAUCAACACCCAGCUUGCAGUGGGUUGGUAUUGUUUGUCCCUGAAGCUUUUUUACUAAUACUUCAGAGACAAUGUUUUUGCUCUUGAUUACAUUUUCCAGAAGAUUCUGUCAGCAUUUCAAAGAAAGUUCAAGAUUUGUCUCCUGAGAUAUAUUUGUUCAUGUUUCAAGAGACAACUUUAUGAUUAAGUUCAUUUUCCCCCCAUCUUUCUCUUUCAGUGUAUCUUAAACUAAUCCAUAUACUAUGUGUAUGUGUAAUACCGAAUUAGGAUUUUUAACCAUACUGUUAAUACCAUACCAAUAAGCCAUAGUUGCCAGUUUCAUUCAUUAUUCUAUGCCAAAAGCAAACCACAUAAUGGUUCAGUUCACAGAAAAUGCUAAACCAUGAUGUGAUUGCAAGCUUAGCUUGGACUCACUUAAAUCGUUCAUUUAAAUACAUCAAUGUGUGAAACAAACCAAGAAAUGUGGUUAUUUAUGGUCAGGAUUGAGCCCCAAGGAAUCCAGAGUUCUUAGACUAUUUACCUUAUCCCAGUCAGCCAGAAAAGGAUGUUGCUUUUCCCUUUCACUGCCUGAACAAAGAUUAUAGUUUAUAGAGUGACUCUGUAGAAUGGGUCUUCUCUAGGUACUCCAUCUCCAGUAAAUAGUGUUUUUUUUAAUAGGCAGCUGGUCAAUUUUGCAAAGGAGGCUGGGGCACUGGCUAAGAUAAUAGUUCCAAUGUAACUGGGACAGUUUUGAAUUUCUUUGAUAAUUUGCUAUUGUGUUAUGAGUCAGAUUUGUUAUGCAAGUGCAGCCAUACUAGAACUAAUCUAACUUAGUUUUAAUAAUGGUUAAGAUGUUUAAUAAACUCUUCUCAUACAGCACAGCAAACCACCACCAGCCACAAUUUGAGAUUCUCCUUUCUUUUUGCCCAAUAUCAAAGCAAACAUUGCAGUGCCUGAUUGGCAGGUAUUUCCUUUUUUUAUAUAUAU